AUGACUGGAAGGCCCAAAGUAAAGAGAGUGAAGCAUGCAUCUGAAUCACAAGAUGUCAAAUACCCCUCACAAUGGUUAAAGGUGCCUAGGACUGUGAGAUGUGGAAAUUUCCAAGAGCUUGGGCAUAAUAAGAUUUCCUGCAAAAAUGGUGAAGUACCUAAGCCCCAUGUCCCAAAAAGGAAGAUUAGAAAACCUAGGAAAGAUAUGGGAGGGAAACCUAUCUUUGACCAAUUACCUUUAGUUAUGCCUGCUACACCACUAAGGCAUGGUGAUGCAGGUGUUCAUGAUGGCGCUCCUCUUGUUUCUAAAUUUGGUGUUCAAGAUGGUGCUCCUCAUGUUUCUCAAUCUGGUGGUCUUGUUGAUACUCCUAGGAAAAGGACUAAUAUGGUGCCAAGGAGGGGAGGCAAAGCUAAGAUUUCUAGACCAAGGAACAAAACACUAAAGAAAGCCCAUGGUAAGCAACCUUUGAGCCAGGGAAAUGAGGAUGUGUCCCUAAGGUAUGAUGAGGCUUUUGAUGAUCUUUUCACCCAUACACCAAAGAAAGACCAUGGUAAGCAACCUAUGAGUCAAGCAAAGGAGUAG